AUGGCCUGUAGCUCUGCAGCAAUGGCCUGGAGAGCCAGCGUCCGGGCUCGCGCCCUUCCGACCUCCCGUUGGACCCAGCGACCAGCUACAAUUCUCCCAAAGCGAGUCGAGCGCUACCCCGGUGCCUCUAGAUAUGCUUCGGAAUCUGCUGCGCCUGCGCCUACCGAAGCUGUCAAGGAGACAGCUAAGGAUACAGUCAAGGAAGCUGCCAAGGAAACCGCCAAAGAGAACGCGAAGGAGAUCCCUCGCAAAGCGGGCCGUGGCUCUAGGAAGGCACUCUACACCACCUCACUGGCCUUGACUUUGCUGGUGGGUUACAUCUACGGAACCGAUACCAGAGCCAGCAUUCACAGAUAUGGAAUCGUGCCUUUGAUCCGCCUGCUGUAUCCUGAUGCGGAAGACGCGCACCACAUGGGCGUGGACAAUUUGAAAAUGCUUUACCAGUUCGGUCUCCACCCGCGCGAGCGUGGAGAACCUGAUCGCGACGGCGCCCUGUCCUCUGAGGUCUUUGGUUACAACCUUUCCAACCCCAUUGGUAUCUCCGCUGGCCUGGAUAAGCACGCCGAUGUGCCCGAUGCGCUGUUUGAUCUUGGUCCCGCCAUCGUCGAAGUCGGCGGUACUACGCCGCUGCCACAGGAUGGAAACCCGAAGCCUCGAGUUUUCCGACUGCCCUCGCAACACGCCAUGAUCAACCGCUACGGUCUCAACUCCAAGGGAGCGGACCACAUGGCCGCAGUUCUGAAGCAGCGUGUCGUUGACUUUGCCUACGCUGCCGGGUUCGGUCAGCAGGAGCUCUCCGAACAGCGCGUUCUGGACGGUGAAGCCAACGUUCCCCCUGGUAGUCUGGUGCCUGGCAAGCUUCUCGCCGUGCAAGUGGCCAAGAACAAGCUCACCCCGGAUUCGGACAUCGAAGCCAUCAAGCGCGACUAUGUCUACUGUGUUGACCGUGUGGCACGGUACGCCGAUAUCCUGGUCGUGAACGUCUCCAGCCCCAACACCCCGGGUCUUCGUGAUCUCCAAGCCGUGGCCCCUCUCACCGCCAUCCUGACGGCCGUCGUCGGCUCCGCCAAGAGCGUCGAGCGCAAGACUAAGCCUUACGUGAUGGUCAAGGUUAGCCCGGACGAGGACUCUACCGAGCAAAUUUCCGGCAUUUGUGAAGCCGUCUGGAGGUCCGGUGUCGACGGUGUCAUCGUCGGCAACACUACAAACCGCCGACCUGACGCCAUUCCCAAGGGCUUCGUUCUCCCCGAGGAAGAGCAGAAGACCCUUAAGGAAACUGGUGGAUACUCCGGCCCUCAGCUGUUUGAUCGGUCCGUUGCGCUUGUCGCCCGCUACCGCGCCCUGCUAGACCAGGGUCCUCCAUCCUCGACCGAAUCCGAGAAUUCCGAGAAUGCCGUUGCGAAGGCACCCUUGGAUGUGCCCCGCAAGGUGAUCUUCGCCUCAGGUGGUAUCACCACCGGCCAACAGGCGCAUGCAGCCCUCCAGGCUGGUGCGUCAGUCGCUAUGAUGUACACCGGUGUUGUUUACGGUGGCAUCGGUACCGUGACGCGAGUCAAGCAGGAGCUGCGCAAGGAACUCACCAAAUAA